UAAUGUUACACCACCUUUGGAAAUACACCUACAACACCAGCAAAGCCCUACCUCUUGAAUAAUUAACAAGAUGGGGAUUACACAAUACCACAGUUGUAAGAAAUGCCAGUACCCCUGAAUUGUAUGAAAUCGCUGCUAUGGAUCCACUUUCACCAGAUCCUGAUACCAGAUAAGGAUCAAUUUCAAGUACUGGAGCUAUGGUUGCAUAUUCAGGUAGAAGAACAGGGUAAUUAAGGAAUUGAUUAAUUUAUUUUAGUCGUUCACCAAAAGACAAGAGAAUAGUUUUAGAUGAACAAACUGAGUAAGAAAUUUGGUGGGGAGAUGUUAACAUCCCAAUUCCAAAGAAAUCUCAUAAUUUAUUGGAAUAGAUUGCCCUUUAGUUCUUAAACACAAGACCUAGAGUAAUAUUAUAGAAUAUAUGAAUAUAGUUAUUUGUGGUUGAUGGAUAUGCAGGAUGGGAUCUUCAUAGUCGACUUAAAAUUCGAGUGUUUUGUACUAGAGCCUAUCAUGCAUUGUUUAUGUAAAAUAUGCUAAUCAAACCAACAAAUGAAGAAUUAAAAAGAGAUUUUAGUGAUGAUGUUGAUUUUCAUAUUUUUAAUGCUGGUCCAAUGUCAGCACCAAAAUUAGUUGAAGGUGUUGGUUCAGAUACAUGUGUUUCUGUAAAUCUCACAGACAAAAAGAUGGUCAUUUUAGGAACUUAAUAUGCUGGAGAAAUGAAAAAGGGAGUAUUUGGAGUUACUCAUUAUAUGUUACCUAAAUAAGGAAUCCUUACACUUCAUAGUUCUGCUAAUGAAGGAGUUAAUGGAGAUGUAACAUUAUUGUUUGGAUUGAGUGGAACUGGUAAAACUACUUUAAGUGCAGAUCCAAAAAGAAAAUUGAUUGGAGAUGAUGAACAUGGAUGGUCUGAUUAAGGAAUAUUUAAUAUUGAAGGUGGAUGUUAUGCUAAAUGUGUUGAUUUGACUUAUGAAAAAGAACCUGAAAUUUAUAAUGCUGUUAAGUAUUCUUUAUUGUUAUUUAAAGGUUUGGUGCAGUUUUAGAAAAUGUGGAAUUUAUAAAUAAAGAAUCUAGAGUAGUUGAUUAUCAUAAUAUUUCAAUUACAGAAAAUACAAGAGUAAGUUAUCCUUUAGAUUUCAUUCCUGGAGCUAAAAAUCCUGCAGUUGGUAAUCAUCCUAAGAACAUUCUUUUCCUUACUUGUGAUGCUUAUGGUGUUUUACCACCUGUAUCAUUAUUGACUCCUGAAUAGGCUAUGUAUCAUUUUAUUUCAGGAUAUACAGCAAAAGUAUUAAAUUGAUUGUAAUUUUAUUAGGUUGCUGGUACUGAAAUGGGAGUAAAGGAACCAGUUGCAACUUUUUCAGCAUGUUUUGGUGAAGCAUUUUUACCAUUACAUCCAACACUUUAUGCAACAAUGUUGGCAGCUAAAAUGAAAGAACAUGGAACAAAAUGUUGGUUAAUUAAUACUGGAUGGUCAGGUGGUAAAUAUGGAAUAGGAAAAAGAAUGUCUCUAAAAAAUACAAGAUCAAUAAUUGAUGCCAUUCAUAGUGGAGAAUUAGCUAAUGGAGAAUUUGAUAAUUUUGAAGUUUUUAAUUUACAAAUUCCAAAGAGAGCUACUGGAGUUCCUGAUUAAAUGCUUCAUCCAAAAAAUACUUGGACGUAUAUAUAAAUAAUAAAUUUUUAAUAGAAACAAAACUGAAUUUGAUAAAACAUUAAGAAAUCUUGGUGAAAAGUUCAAAAAGAAUUUCUAAAAAUAUUAAAGCAAAGCUUCUGAAGAAGUUAUAAAUGCUGGUCCAAAAAUAUGA